GUUUCGUUUCAAGUGUGUGUGUUUUUAAAUUUUAAGUGGAGUUUAUGUUAUAUGUCCGACUGAUCGUGCGACGAUAGACAGCACAGCGAUAUGUUCAACACAAGUACCCAGAACUGGUUCGGCAUGGGCCAGACCACGACUGCUCCCGCCGGCGGCGUUGCCCAGCUGUUGAACAAUAAUUCCAGAGGCGCCCAAUCGAAUCAUUAUCACCAGCAGCAGCAGCAGCAGCAGCAUCAGCAUCAGCAGCCUUUCAUGCGGCAGCGUUCGCUGACCAGCUCCAAUCCAGCCCUUGAGCGCACUGCCCUGGCCCUUCGUCCACAGUCGCCCCCCAAUGUGCAGGUGGAGUACGAGGUGGCCGUACCAUUUGUCUCUGCCUACAGACACACACCAUAUCAUUCGCUAUGGGAUCUGCACCAGUGCUCUUCCACACCCCCCACGAGCUUGUCGCACAUGGCCCGUAUGAUGGACACGUUGAUACUGGACUCGCUGUCGCCAUUCGGCUUCACCAAGAUCACAGCGACCAGCCGACCCUCACGCACCUCCAAUACGUGUGUCAAGAAGACCACAGUGGAGAGCGGACAUGCGACGGCAGCCGACCGCCAGCAGCACAGGCCGAUCAACAACUUGGGAGCCAACGCUCCGGCCGGGCUGGGCAUCGGCGAACCUGCUCCAUUGCGGAGCAAGCGUCUGCCCACGCAAGUCUCCGCCACAGAAGUCGCCCCUCAGCCGCGGCCCAAUCAUCCGGCGAUGCCUUUCCCCUCCCAGCAGCAGGACAACCGCUGGGUCUCAUCGCUGAGACGGCGCGACCCAGAGCUCCAGCCCACAUUGCCUUCCAUCAACAGCAAUGCGAACAGCAACAGCAACAGCAACAGCCAGAACCUCAGUCAGAGCCACCACGGCAGUGCCGCGAAUGUGGGAGUGGGCCUGGCGGGAAGUGGACCCGCAGGCGCCCCCAGUGUGGGAGCCAUGCGGUUUGGCCGGCCGGGGCGGGCUUCAGCUAUGGCUGCUGCCGUGCGCAAGAGUCGAUCCGUGGAGCGCUUGCGGGCCCGCAAACAAAGCAUAAACGCACAAAUGACGCUCAAGCACAAGCCGAUGAAGAAGAACUCGCUGGACGAGAACUCCAACUCCGACGACCAGGAUGCCACCACAUCUCUGGAGGACAACUCUCAGGCACAAUCAAUCUCCACCACGCACAACACACCCAAGUGCUCCCCGAAGACCAAGGCCAAGCACUUCUCGCCACUGGGCUACGAAGGGCGCUUGGUUGACACUUUGGAGAAGGACAUCCUGCAGCGGCACCCCCGCAUUAAGUGGACUCACGUGGCUGGCCUAAACGAGGCCAAGACCAUCUUGCAGGAGGCGGUGGUACUUCCCGUAAUCAUGCCGGAGUUCUUCAAGGGAAUUCGAAGGCCGUGGCGGGGCGUUCUGAUGGUGGGUCCGCCGGGCACUGGCAAGACCAUGCUGGCCAAGGCAGUGGCCACGGAGUGUGGCACCACCUUCUUCAACGUGUCCUCCUCCACACUCACAUCCAAGUACCGCGGGGAGAGCGAGAAGCUGGUGCGCCUGCUCUUUGAAAUGGCGCGCUUCUAUGCGCCGAGCACGAUUUUCAUUGACGAAAUCGACGCACUCUGCGCCUCGCGGGGCAGCGACUCGGAGCACGAGGCCAGCCGGCGGUUCAAGGCGGAGCUGCUCAUACAAAUGGAUGGCCUCAAUGCGAGCAUGCAGGAGGAGAAGGUAAUCAUGGUAUUGGCAGCCACAAAUCAUCCCUGGGACAUCGACGAAGCCUUCAGGAGACGCUUCGAGAAGCGGAUCUAUAUCCCGCUGCCGAACGAGGAAACGCGCUCGGCACUGCUCAAGCUUUGUCUGAAGGAUGUCUGCCUGUCCCCUAACCUCAACACGGCCAUGAUCGGGGAGGAGAUGCAGGGGUACUCCGGCUCGGACAUAAGCAACGUGUGCCGGGACGCAUCCAUGAUGGCCAUGCGUCGACUCAUUUCGGGGCGAACUCCGGAGGAGAUUAAGCAGAUACGCCGCGAAGACGUCGAUCUCCCAAUCACGCUGCAGGACUUCCAGGACGCGCGACAGCGCACCAAGAAGUCCGUUUCUGCCGACGAUGUAGCCCGAUUCGAGAAGUGGAUGGAGGAGUACGGCUCCUGCUAGUUGUACGGGUUGCUGCUACAGCACUCCCCCUCCCCAUGUCUUUGAUCAGACUGCAUUCCCUUCUCCCGUGCGUACUUCCAACGUAGCCCAACCUACAAUUGCAAUAAUUUUUAUUAGCUAAUACUGUAUAAACAAUAUGCGAUGCGGCGUUAGCUAUGUAUGUAUAAUUAUUUUGUAUACGCUUAAUUGCUCAAGUGGCCCACGCUCAGCUCUCAGUCCUCAGCCCUCAGCCACGCCCCUCUAUGCGCACAUGGUAAUUUCCGAUACACAAAUAUGUACACAUAAAGGACGUAUGUAUGUAUGUAAUUUUUAAUAUUUAUUCGACAGAAUCCUACAGAAGGCUUAUAGCAACAAAAUGUAUUUUGUAAUCAACAUAUUUAGAACGAAAAACGAAAAAUAAAUUACUCGA